AUGUACAAUGUGCAGUUCCAACAGCCAUCUUAUGGUACACAACGCUCAUCGUCUCAGCAACAGCAACAGCAACAACAACAAGACGUGAAUGCUGCGGCUGCCAUGGGGAAUGACCAUAAGGCUUUUCCUUCACCCUUAACAACCUCUUCCAUGGAUUCACCCCCGACGCAUCAAAAGAUACAACAUCAUGCACCAGCCUCACCUAAGCCAUAUCCAUCUUCCUCCUCAUCCGCUACUGCAGGUCGUGUUUAUCAUCAUCCUCCUCAACAACACCAACAUCCUUAUAAUACACCCACACCAGGCUAUGCCCAGCCAUCGCCAGCUGCUAUGGCCGCCGCAGCUGCAGCUGCAGCUGCAUCUUCUAUGCGUAAGGAUAUGUAUUAUGGUCAAGAUGAUCCACAACAGCAACAAGGAGAUCCUUGGGAUUCACCCUCUUUCAAACAACAACAGCAACAACAGCAACAGCAACAACAACAACAAUUAUCAGAUGGAGGAGGAGGAGGAGGAGGAGUGGAUGAAGAACUUCAACAACGAAACAUGCAGCAAUUGUUUGAGAAAAAGCGACGAAGACGAGAAUCCCACAAUGCCGUUGAACGUCGACGUAGGGACAAUAUUAAUGAGCGUAUCAAUGACCUUGCCACCUUGUUACCCGAUCGAGAUGCGACCAAAUUGAACAAAGGCACCAUCUUGCGUAAAUCUGUCGAUCAUAUCAGGAUUUUACAUGAACGUCUUUCUGAAUAUCAACAACGCAUCCAAGAACUCGAAUCAGUACUUUCAAUGUAUCGUGGUAGUAGUAGUGGACCACCAUCACAUCUUAUGGAUCAUCACCACCACCAUCAACAACCUAUUCCACCACCACCACCUCAACAACAACAACACCCACGUCAUCCUCAUCAUCAGCAUCAGCAUCAUCAAGAUCAACAGGUUGCUGCUGCUGCCGCUGCCGCUGCUGCUAUGAUACCCUCUGGUCAUCCACUUGAUUUAUCUGAUAUGCAAACCCAUCUUGGUGGUUCACAUGAUCCAUUUCGACGCGACGAGUAA